CUUGCUUUGGCCGACAGUCAGAGCAUCGGAGGCACAAUGGCGACUCACGUUGCCGGUAUAUUUGACGAAAACCUCAGAAACUCGGUCAAAUCCUGCAAAGUCCUGGUGGUCGGCGCAGGCGGGAUUGGCUGCGAGCUCCUCAAGAACCUGGUGUUGACAGGAUUCGAGGAUAUUGAAGUGAUUGAUUUGGAUACCAUUGAUGUUAGCAACUUGAAUCGGCAGUUCCUUUUCCAAAAACAACAUGUUGGCCGUAGCAAGGCAGAGGUUUCAAGAGAAUCUGCACUUCGUUUCAACCCUAAAGCUAAUAUUAAAGCCUACCAUGACUCUAUUACAACGUAA